AUGUCACUUUUAAAUGAUCGACAGAAAGAAGAACUAUACAAAGCUCUGUUGUUUUAUUUUUCGAAAUCAGAUUUUCCUAAAACAUUUUCAGCCUUUGAAUCUGAAUUACGCAACAAAGGAAUUAUUAUUAAUAUUAAUGAGGAAAAUGAACACAAAUAUGAUAAACUUUUAGAAAAAAAAUGGACAAGCGUAAUUAGAUUACAAAAAAAAAUUAUGGACUUGGAAGCACGUCUAUGCGCAGCACAAACAGAAUUAUCUACAAUACCGUCAGAUAAAAACCAUUCUAUAGACAUGGCAUCUUGGAUUCCAUGUGCACCUGCAAAACAUACUUUAACGGGACAUAGGCAACCAAUAACAUCUCUUGCUUUCCAUUCUGUUUUUACUAUUCUUGCUAGUGCUUCAGAAGAUUCAACAAUAAAAAUUUGGGAUUGGGAAACAGGUGAUUUCGAAAGAACACUAAAAGGACAUACAAAAGCUGUCCUUGACAUUGAGUUCAAUACAUUUUCUGAUUCAAGCUGUCUUGUAUCUUGUUCAUCAGAUUUAACAAUAAAAUUAUGGGAUUCUAAAAACGAAUAUAAAAAUAUAAAAACCCUUUACGGUCAUGAUCAUUCUAUAUCUUCAAUAAAGUUUCUUCCACCAAAUGGUGAUCGAAUUGUUAGUGUUUCAAGAGAUAAAAAUAUAAAAAUAUGGGAAAUUUCAACAGGAUUUUGUAUAAAAACCAUUUCUAAUGCACAUAUCGACUGGAUAAGAACAAUUUGCCCGUCGAAUGAUGGAAAACUAUUAUUAUCGGCUGGAAAUGAUAGAAUCGCAAAAAUAUUUAAUACACAUAACGGAGAAUGCAAAUUAGAAUUUCAGGGACAUGAGCACGUUAUAGAAUGUGCUAUAUUUGCACCAAAUUCAGCGUACAAAUUUCUUAUGCAACUUUCUGGUGUUCAUUUGUCAAAAAAUUCUAUGGGUUAUGUAGCAACAGGAUCUCGAGAUAAAACGAUAAAACUUUGGGGAUGUCAAAAUGGACAAAUAAUUAAGACUCUAUUAGGCCAUGACAACUGGCUUAGAGCUCUUGUAUUUCAUCCAUCUGGAAGGUAUUUGAUAAGUGCAUCAGAUGAUAAAACUAUACGAUGCUGGGAUCUAAGUCAAAGUGGCAAAUGUACUAGAAUAAUAGAGGAAGCACAUUCGCAUUUUAUAAAUUGCUUAUGCUGGGCAUCUGAAUCUACAGAAUCUACUACUAAUGGAUCAAAUGAAACUUCUAACAACAAAUCACUUAAUUCAAAAAGAUUAGCAAUAGCUAGUGGCGGAGUCGAUUUAGUAAUACGAAUAUGGAUGCCAUAG